UCAAGUCGCGGAUCCAAGUUUUGGAAGUUUGAAAGAGCAAAAAAACAUUAGAGUGGUCCUCUCAUCACAGCUUGAUGAGCACUAGUCAUUCCUGAGCUUCCAUCGCAUUGUUAAAAAGGAAGGAUUGAAAAAGGAUUUCCUCCGUGGCUUGGAAUCCGCUCUAAAGACGACGACGACGACGACGACGACGACGACGACGACGACGACGACGACGACGACGACAAAGAUAGCUUGGAGCCAAAGGUAUCACUUGCUGCGUCAGAAUGCGUUAUUAUUUCUGCGUCAGAGAGAAGAAGUGCCCCGUAAGGAAGGUCCUUCAUCAGAAGAUCUGUUGCUGCGCAGUUCUAGCAGGCUUUACGUUUUACUUGCUUUGCUCAUCCAGGCGCAUACCACGUGACACGUACCACACCGUGGAAGACCACGAGGACUUCUUCGUCGAUUGGCUGCACUCCGUCUACUUCCGGCCUCGCCCCGAUGAGGACUAUGGAAACGUUCCCAGUCGCUUCCUUCUGGAACCUGCCUCGCGCUGCACCAACAUGACCUUUAUGAUCAUUCUUAUCGAAUCACUUCCCUCGGAGGCCCCUCGCAGACGUCUCGUGCGGUCCACGUGGGGUCAGGCGGCCAUCACCAGGAUGUGGCAUGCCCACCGCAUUCACGAGGAGCUCCAGCUUUUCUUCAUCCUGGGUAGGCCCCAAAACGAAACUGAACUUCAGGCAGUCCAAGACGAAGCAGGUCGUCACGAUGACAUCGUGAUGGUCGAUAUGGAGGACGUGUACAGGAACCUCACUAGCAAGACCCUGGCCGGGCUGCUAUGGACUAGCCUCAACUGCCCAGGCGCCAGGUAUGUGGUGAAGGCUGACCAGGACACCUUCGUUCACGUUCCGCGCCUGAUGACGCUGCUUCGCGGAAACGAGGCCGUGUUCAAAGAGAGUCUUCUGGGCGAAGUCAUGCACAGCCCGUUGGUGAAACGGUUGGGAAAAUAUGGCCUCUCCUUCAAAGAAUAUCUUCUUCCCUGGUACGCGUCCUACGCCAACGGACCUUUGUACGUACUGGACAACGCCGUGGUGGAUAACUUGGUACGCACUGCCAGACAUCUGCCUUACCUCCCCUUCGAAGACGUAUUUGUGGGGUCCGUGUGCAGAGUUUUGGGUAUUCGCCGGGUGAGGGUGCAGCCAUUCCUGGUGAGUGAGAAAAACAACGACACGUUUUGCUGGUUCACUGACAUCGCCAGUCUGGACAUAGGAGUGACUGCGCUUUCGUCCGAACAGAUACAGAAUAUAUGGAAUGUUCUAGGGAGAGGAGGAUCCUUAUGCUGACUUUGGUUUAAAUGUAAUGAGUUAAUGCUUGAAGUCAGAGUAAACCUUCCUUUAUCCCACGUGUAGCUU